UGAUCCUAGAAUCGAAAUUCAAAGAGGUCUAGAGAGAGGAGAUAACCCAAAAGGCUGGCUUUUUUAUUACACGUUUCUCCUUCUCUCGAGGAACUGGAUUUGCGCGUCCGCUCCUUCUGCUGCUUCAUUCUUGCGUGGUUUGCGCACCAAGUUUCCAUAGAUUUUUGUCUUAUCAUGCCUUCCUUAAUCAGAGCUUGAUGAAAACUGCUGUUGCAUCUCUCCCUGCCGGCCGAAUUUUCCACAUCCCAGUUCUAGAGAUUAAUGAAUCGCCCUGCCUCUCCACCGCUCCAAGAAAACAGCAGCAACACACUCGCUUGAGAUGGAAAGGGAGAGCCAUCUUUUAUCAUCCAGAAGACACUUAUCAAAGGUUUGUCAUGUCCGUAGAAGAUCAAGAAGUUUAUGACAAAAUAAACAAACAGUUGCAUAACGAUCUCAUGGAAAUUUGCAGAAAGUUGUCCCAAACUACUCGACGAAGAAGGCAGCUUAUUCUUCAAGAUAAGAGACGUAGGAGGCGAUCUGUUGUUGAAGGUAAAAGUUCUACGGGUGUUGAAAUGGAGUUUGCCAUGCUUUUGGGCAAACGUAGUAGACUAAUGCGACACAUUCACUUGCAUAGAAAACGUUUGGGAAGAACCUACUUUCAGACUCAAAGAAAGCUAUGUAUGUUGUAUUUAGGAGGGGAGCUUUUUAUAAUUGAUGUGAUGGAAUUGUAUAUAUGUAUCUAUACUCCAAAUUUUCUCCAGAUGUAUCUAUUAGUUAGGGUACUAUGUAUUUGCAUGGCUUUGAUAGUUGUAUUUUAAUUUUGUAUCUAU